AUGGCUAAGUGCCCACUCGGCAAAGUUUGUCAAAUUAUGCGACAAGUUAAGGCAUCCAGAGAUAGAUGCCGAAUUACAGGUGAUGUGCCGGAAAUAGAAAGGGAGACGUUACUCGAUCGAUUGAUGACUCACUGUGCCGAUAAUGCAAACCUGAAUCACCUCACCUACGCUAUUUCAGCUCUGGAAGCAAAUGGAGAUGUAGAUGAUUUCUUCUUGGCCAGAAUCAGAAUAAGCCUGCUCUGUCUUUCGUCGUUGAAAAGAUUACGCAAACAUUUGCCCGUGAGCCGAUCGUAUAUGCAGCAUCUGCGUGUUGAAGAGGCGAGGAUUUUAAGAGCUUAUGCUCGGGGCUUUGCAUUUCGUGAUGCAUCAUCCCAAUGUGAAGAAACUCUUGUUUGCUACAGUGAGGUAGACGCUUGGAAAGACCGACUUUUUCUCGAAUUUCUGAGUUUGAUCCUUUCAGAGGCUACCCACGAUGCCGAAGAGAGUAUAGAUGCUUCGUUCAACUCACAGGAGUUCCUUGAGAUAUUCCUUGGUUCUCUGAAACAGAGCUCGGUGAAAAGGAGCUGUUGUCUGUUCAGUCAACUCAGGGAACCGGAGCGGAUUGGUGGCUUUGCCGUCCACGGAAGAUCAAAGCCAACAUUGAUAGCAAAUACCGAAGGCCCAAGUCGGGAAUGGCGAACCAAAGUGGCCAGUAAUUUACUGGAGAGUGCUCAGGCAUGUCAUGAAACAGUUAUCCAACAAAUGCAAGCCAUAUGCCAAGACUUCGAAACUCGGUGCAUGAAAGUCGAAGAGCCAUUGGCAGUUGCGUUUCAAGAACGUGACCAACUCAAACAACAGCUGGAGGACUCCAAGUGCCUCAACCUGGAGUUGGAGGCCCAAGCCCGACAGUCGAUGGAGUUGGUGGACACUCUGAAAAAGCAGAUAGGUGAAUCUAUCAAGCAGGUCAACGAGCAUUCUUUGCAGGUCGAACACCUGACUGAGCAAGUCGAUGCACUACAAACCGAGCUUGACGAUACCCGAAAGGAGUCGCAGGAGAGCAUCGAAUCAGUGCGUUUAAAGGCACGCGAUCGGGAGUUAGAUCUCAUGGCUACAGUUGCUGAGAGAGACGACCUUCUCGAAGAACAGCAGACAGAAAUCAAUUCCAUGUCAAAGGAAAGAGCUCGGUUCAAAGAGGCUAUGGACAGUGCCUCUGAACACCAUCGGACAAUCUCUAGAGAAUGCGAUGCUUUGCGCCAAGCGAUCGCGAGACUGCAGAAGGAGGCCGCGCAAGAGCGUGAUACACUUCGACACGAGGCAAGUAAAUUACAGCAAGUAAUGGAGAUACGAGAGUCGACGAAUGUUGAAAAGGACAACCAGAUUAUGGCUUUGAGUAGCACAGCCAAGGACCUCCGUAGCGAGAAUCACAUGCUGAAGGACAAGUUGGAUCAGGAGAAAUCAAAUGCAAUGGCGUUGGUGUCAUCUCUCGAGGAAGCGCGUCAAAACUACCAGACCAGCAUCGCUCAUAUGGAAACAAGGUUUGAGGAGCAAAUGUCUCAAGCUCACAAACAAGCACAGCAAAUGACAGAUCGACAUAACCUCGAAGUGGCAGACCUGCGAAAGAAUGCGGCAAAUGCAACAGCCAAAUCUGAGAAGGAACUUCGUGUCAAAGACAAGAGAGUACAGCAAUUGGAAAAGAAGGUUGAGUCUCUUCGAAACGAAAGGGCAGCAAAAGCUCGUGAAUUCAGCGAGGCGCAGGAACAUAUAAGCCGCUUGAUGAGUGUAAUGGGUUUUACCAAGGAUUAUAAGGACGAAAGCAACAAAAGACAACUAGAUACAACUCCCACAGUCAACAGAGAAGUUCGACGGUCAACCCGGCCGAGCGAAUUACAAACUCAGUCCUGCCCACCUUCGCAGAGCGAAAUGACUACUAUGCACACGCAGUACUCGAUCGCCCCUCCGCCUCCACGAGUGACAGAAUUUGUCCGUCCAGAUACGACAACGCGCAGACGCAGCCAUCGUUCUGCGGAAGCAAUGAGUUUUGCCAACGACCCCAACUACUCGUUUUUGCCAGAGCAGAAAGAGCGCCAGCCUCUGGGUCACCUUGACAGGAACAGUCCCAUAAAGUCAUCACAACCACAUAACCCGAAGGAGUCCAAGUGCAAUAACCAAGAGUCUCCCGUUGGCUCCCCGACCAAUAUAAACAUGACUGAGCUGGGAGAUAUCGAUUUGGACUUUGAUGAUGACGAUCUUCUCACGAGUACUCUCCCUAGAUAG